AUGCAGCUGAAGGUGCGAGGAGGGGCGCCCCCCCUCACACACCUGUAUCUGUGGGUUCACGCGGAGAAUAACACGAGCACUGAUGAGGGAAGCAGCAGGCACCACACACGCUCUGCCCCGAGACAAUCAUGGCACUUUCUUGACCCACCAAUCGAAAACAAGUGGAGGAAAAAUCAAGAGGCUUUUGGAGGAUUUGAAGAAGGGAAAAAUAGCAGAUUCACCAGGACACUGCCAAAUGUGACAGCUACACACCAAUGGAACUUGAGAGUGAGAAGGUGCUUGACAUACAAACAGAACAGAGCAAUGAGGGUAUGCCCCAUUGUACAAAGAAGAGCUAAAUGA